AUGGCGUCCCUAGACCAUCCAUUAUUGCCACUAGACAAGGGCACCAUAUUUGACGAUUACUCUGGUGAUGCGUCUCUGUUCGAGUGCAUUUCCAUAGAAUCACCUUCUUCACUGGCCCCUUCCAUUUUUGAUGAGCUCGUCUUUACAGAUAAAUUGGACUUGAAUAAGUUCCUUGACGACAUGGCAUCUUUUCAUGAUUGCAUCAACUUUACAUUCCACAGCAUGGCCAAAAGGCUAGAUACACUAGAGUCUUAUAGACUUCGGCAUAAAAAGCUACUAGAAACUUCACUAGAUAAAAGCGAUGCAAUGAUUACUCGGUUGGGUUCAAUGAAAGCGGAAUUGGCUGAAUACGAAGCGUUCUUUAAACCCGUUGAAGAAGAAACAGAACCACUAAUAGAGGUCAAAGAGUACCCCAAGAGAACUCCCAUCUAUUCGUCAGAAUAUAUCGAUAACUACGUCAACCAAAGAAUGGCCAGCAUGUCUGAGCCUAUAUUAAUUUCCUACAGAACGAUUGUUGUUGCAAUUAUUGCAAUGCUACUAUACGUGGUCUGUAUCCGUGACCGAAAGUGA